UCAUCAUUCCCGUUGCCCCCCUCCCCCUCUUUCUCUCUCUCUCUCCCUCUCUCUAAAAAUCAGAUAUAUUUUUUUUCAAUUUCUCUUUCUCUCACUAGAAUUAAUGACAAUUUCAAUGGAGACACAACAGCAGCCACAACAACAACAACGAAUGGUUUCUACAGAUGCUGCAGCAGAGAAAAAGAGGUGGACGCUUAGUGACUUUGACAUUGGGAAGCCACUAGGACGGGGGAAAUUCGGUCAUGUAUAUAUUGCAAGAGAAAAGAGGAGCAAUCAUGUUGUGGCAUUGAAGGUGCUUUUUAAAAGCCAACUCAAACAGUCUCAAGUGGAGCAUCAGCUUCGUCGUGAAGUUGAAAUCCAAAGCCAUCUUCGACACCCUAACAUACUAAGACUUUAUGGCUACUUUUAUGAUCAGAAAAGGGUCUACUUGAUUCUCGAGUAUGCUGCAAAGGGUGAACUUUACAAGGAGCUGCAGAAAAGCAAAUACUUCAGUGAACGUCGAUCUGCUACUUAUGUAGCAUCAUUAGCGAGGGCUCUUAUAUAUUGUCAUGGGAAACAUGUUAUUCAUAGAGACAUCAAACCAGAGAACCUCUUGGUUGGUGCACAGGGUGAACUGAAGAUUGCAGACUUUGGCUGGUCAGUGCACACGUUCAAUCGCAGGCGAACCAUGUGCGGUACCUUGGAUUAUCUUCCCCCAGAAAUGGUGGAGAGUGUGGAGCAUGAUGCAAGUGUUGAUAUAUGGAGUCUCGGAAUCUUGUGUUACGAAUUUCUCUAUGGUGUCCCUCCAUUUGAAGCUAAGGAGCACUCUGAUACUUAUAAAAGAAUUGUGCAAGUUGAUUUAAAGUUCCCUUCAAAGCCUGUAGUCUCUGCAUCUGCAAAGGACCUCAUUAGUCAGAUGCUUGUCAAGGAUACAACAAAACGGCUUCCGCUACACAAGCUACUUGAACACCCGUGGAUUGUCCAGAAUGCAGACCCUUCUGGUGUAUACCGAGGUUGAUGAGUUUAGUAUGAUUUCUUUACUGAGUUGUAAAAAUAACGAUUUGUAAGCCAUAUAAAAGGCGGAUAUGUCUUUUCUGUUCAUGUAUAGUUGUACUCUGUUGUGUUCUUUGAUUCAUGUGACCCGAAUAACUUGUUGCAACUCCAGAUGAUGAUCUUGUUAUGAUCAAAAUGACUACAUACCUUAUUAAGAA